UUUUUGGAGAUUCUUACAUGCAAGAAUGAAUAUCCUCUCGUUCUGUUCAAUCAUCAGUAUCUUGGCAUUGACCGAUGUACUUGCCGAAAAGAACAAAUGUUCGGAAGCAGAAUCUGAUCUCAUGAAAUACAUAAAAUGGCAGAUGGAGAUUUCUAAUGGUGGACGUAACAGACCCUCGCCACACAAAUGCCAAUGUAAACCAAAAGAUAUGUUGAAAGACAGACCAGCUUUCUUUGCAUUUGAAAAGACUAAUAGUGUUAUAUUCACUGGAAAUGACAUUUUGAAAUUUGACGAUGUGAGAACAAACAUAGGGAAUCACUACAACCCAACCACUGGACACUUUACCGCUCCAAAACAAGGAUUGUAUGAGAUAUCUUGUCUUCUUAUGGCUUUAGGAAGCUCACGAAUCACCUUCCAGAUAAACAAAAACCAGGCUAUUUUUGCUAAUGGAUUUACACCAGGCAGAGAAUGGAAUUCUAACACUAUAUCUCUACUGAUGGAAUUGAAGAAAGGAGACAAAGUAUAUGUCAAACAUCGACUCCCAAACAGGAAAGAAAAUGUCCAAGGCAGUCAACAUUCAUUUUUUUCUGGCCGUCUUCUACAAUAAAGUGUCAAAUCACCUAAUUAAAAUGCUUCACAAUUCUAUAUAUACAAAUCCAGUAUAAUCCUUAAAAUAUUUAUUUCCCAGUUUGCAAGUUUUAAGCAUAAUAUUAUCAAUUAUCAAUAAAACUCACAUCCUAUCAAUGUU